AUGUAUCUGCAACAAAGGAGCAAAGCUACUUGGAUCCACCUUGGUGAUGAUAAUACUAAGUACUUCUUUUCUGUGAUAAAUCAUAAAAAGCUCCAGGAAGCAAUCACACAAUUACAUGAUAAAGAUGGGGUGCUACAGACUAAUCCCACUGAUAUUGCAAGGCAAGUUGAGCUUAUAAAGCCUUAUACAGAAAAGGAUGUCAAGGUAGCUAUGUUUCAAAUAGAUAGCAACAAAAGCCCAGGACCAGAUGGGUAUGGUAGUGGUUUUUAUAAAGCAGCAUGGGACGUUAUAGGAGAUGAUAUCACUGCAGCUAUUCUAGAGUUCUUCCACAAUGGGAAAUUGCUUAAACAAGUAAACUCAACAAUGAUUUCUUUAAUUCCAAAAGUCACUGUACCAGAUAAUGCUAGUCAAUUCAGGCCCAUAUCAUGUUGUAAUGUCCUAUACAAAUGCAUAUCAAAAAUGAUAUGUAACAGACUGAGGAAGGCCAUUGAUCACCUUGUGGUAGAAAAUCAGGCAGCAUUUGUGCAAGGUAGGUCCAUGAUACAUAAUAUACUGAUCUGCCAUGACUUAUUAAGACAUUAUAAUAGGAAAACAUCUCCUAGAUGUCUUAUGAAGAUUGAUAUAAGGAAGGCUUAUGACAUGGUGCGUUGGGAGUUCAUUGAAGAAGCUCUCAGUGGUUUUGGAUUUCCUGGAAAAUUUGUUCAACUGGUGAUGACCUGCAUCUCUUCUACUAUGUUUACAGUCAAAGUAAAUGGAGAAGGACAUGGAUAUUUUGCUGGGAAGAGAGGUCUCGGGCAAGGGGAUCCGAUUUCACCCCUAUUGCGAUAUAGAAUCUGUGGAAAAGGUUAUGGAAGCUUUACACCAGGGUUGGAGGCUAAUCUGGAGAAAUCUAAUAUUUUUAUUGCUGGUGUGGAUGAAGAAACAAACAAUGCAUUAUUGGCCAGAACAGGUUUCUCUGCUGGACAACUUCCUAUAAGAUACUUGGGACUACCAUUAAGCUCAAAGAAAUGGAGUGAUUAUGCAGUACUCUUCUCUAUAUAUAACUUCUGGGGAUCUGUUUUCAUACUACCUCAAAGUGUACUCAAGGAAAUUGAUAGAAAGUGUAGAGAUUAUCUUUGGGGAAGUUCUGUAGAGAAAAGGAAGAUACCUCUAAUAGCAUGGGACAAACUAUGUAUUGCAAAGAAAUAUGGCAGGCUCAAUAUCAAAGGGUGCAACAAGUGGAACAUUGCGUCUGUGGGCAAGUUAUUAUGGCAAUUAGCAGAGAAGAAAGACAUGUUAUGGGUCAAAUGGGUACAUGGACCUCUACUUGAUUGUAGUUGGUAUUGGAGGAAAUUGAAUUCCCUAAAAGUUGAAAUGAUGGAGUGGUACCAUAAUGGGAAAUAUGUGUUAACUGCUUCAGGGAAGUAUUCAAUAAAUGGUAGCUACAUCGCUCUACAGGGGGAUUUGACCAGACUACCCGUGGCAGAGCUAAUAUGGACAUUUAUUAUGCAGCCGAAACACAGGAUGAUUCUUUGGUUAGCUGCUCAUGGUCGAUUGCUUACGAAAGAUAGACUUUCGAAACUACAUGUGCCAAUACAAGACAUUGAAUGUUGCUUAUGUAUUGAUAUGGUUGCUGAAACCCAAGACCACAUGUUUCAGGAUUGUCUAUGGACAACAGAGUUGAGGGUUGCGAUACAGAACUGGACAAAUAUGAUAAUACCACAAGGGACUGUAAUGCAGGUGCUGGAAAAGAUUAAAAGGAAACACGGGAAGUUCUUCAAAAAGGAAAUAGCUCCAGCAAUUUGGGGGGCCCUGAUCUAUCACACCUGGAAAGCCAGGAAUGAAAAAGUAAAAACACCAUUGGAGAGCACAGAACUCGUGAGGAAGAAGAAGAAAGAAUUUGGAAAAUUUCCAACCGCCUUUCCUCUUCUAAUUCUUCUAACUUCCAAUACUCCCCCUCAAGCUGGAGGGUGGAGGAUGCUUAACACUCCAAGCUUGCUGAGUAGAAAAUUAUGCUGCACAGAUGUAAGCCCUUUGGUGAAGAGAUCUGCUUGUUGCUCUUUUGUAGAGACAUACUGUGUAGCCAAGAACAGUGUGACAGGUUUAAGAACCUGCACUCCCAACUCUGAGAAAAGUCCCAACAACCACACUAUUUCUAAGACUGCUGAUGCCAUGCUACGAUAUUCUGCUUCAGCACUGCUUCGUGAAACAGUGUGUUAUUUCUUAGAUCUCCAUGAAAUCAAUGAAUCACCAAGCUUGACAGCAUAUCCACUAACAGACAUUCGUGUCAUUGGGCAUGCUGCCCAGUCAGAAUCACAGAAGGCUGUUAGUGUAUCUACAUUCUCCCUUUUCAAUAGGACUCCCAUUCCUGGUGUACCCUUCAGAUAUCUCACUACUCUAAAGGCUGCCUCCAUGUGUGACCUUUUAGGUAGCUGCAUAAAUUGA